AUCGGAUGACGUCACGGCCAUCUGACGGAAGUGAACCGAGAGAGAGUAGGCGAUAUCAUUACGGACGGAGAUAUGUCGCGGAUUUAUUUUUCGAACAUACGUAUUCGUGGAAUAGCAGGUGGCCGACGAAAAAUUGCGAGAAUCCGCGCGAUGUGAGAACUAUCAUAAAUUGACAUUUGCCAAGUGAACGUCAAGUCCGAAAGACAGAGAGAGAGAGAGUGCCGAGAUAGACUUAUCCCGCGACUGUCGCGCUCAACGCAAGACGACAAAAAGAAAAAAAAAAAAAAGAAGUGAUCUCGCGAUGGUUCGGCGGUUGGUGGUUACGAAACGUCACGAGUGACACGAGGGUGACGACGAUGACGAGUCCUUCCUUCGAGGUGCAACGCAGGGAGAACGAUAACGCUCUCAGAUAGGAUACGACAGAAACGGAGAUGAGACAUCGUCGUUCAUUCGCGACAACACUCGCCCAACGAAAGGACACCACCACCAGUACCUAGCGUACUCCCCGCGUGAACCUUGAACGAUAGUUCAAGAAGAGUGCUCGAGGUUAUAGUUAUAAGCAUAGUUAUGCGUCUAAUGUACGUUGUACGAGGUGGACGGAUGAAUAGUGCUACCGAUUGAUGCUACGUUGACAGUUCGCGGCCAGACAUGUGCGCUCCUCGGCGCUCUUUAAGGUCGACCUAAGUCACGUUAGCGAGAGAGCGGGAUUUUCCCCUUCGUUUCUUCAACUGGCUGUGAAAAAGUCUGCAACAUAACUGUAUCGAGUCCAAAGAGUAUAUAGAUAUACAUACAUAAAACACUGGUCAAGAUGGAUCAAGAAACGGUCUACGGCACGCACGAGGAUAGUCAUGUUGUCAUGUCGGAGAAGGUGCAGUCUCUGGCGGGCAGCAUCUAUCAGGAAUUUGAGAAGAUGAUAGCGAGAUACGAUGAGGAUGUAGUGAAAGACUUGAUGCCCCUGCUAGUCAAUGUGUUAGAAUGCCUGGAUAUAUCCUAUACCGAGAAUCAAGAGCGGGAGGUAGAAUUAGAGCUAUUGAGGGAGGACAACGAGCAGCUCGUCACGCAGUACGAAAGGGAGAAGCAAUUGAGAAAGGCGUCAGAUCAGAAACUUCUGGAACUGGAAGAUAUAACCGAGGACGAGAGAAAGGAGCUUUUAUCGAAGAUUGAUAGCUUGGAAUCUAUUGUAAGAAUGCUGGAGCUGAAGACUAAGAACUCCCACGAUCACGGUACAAAUGCCAUUGGCGUUUCCAGUCUACCCAUUCACAGUUCUUCCCUCUACAUUGGCCGGCUUGAGGAAAAAGAAGCUGAAUUGAAGCGCGAGUAUUCCCGGCUACACGACAGAUAUACAGAAUUGUUCAAGACCCAUGUCGAUUAUAUGGAGAGGACGAAAAUGCUGGUCGGUAGCACGGAAAGAUUGGAGAGUGUGUCUGCAAGUCGUGCGCCAUCACGAUUACCCUCCCUAGGUCUUGCUCAUAUGUCGCGCAGCUCCGGGCCACUCAGCUACGGUUUUCAGAGCCUGGAGGCUAGCAUGAAUUCCGAGGAUGUUCACGAGGAUAUUGUACCGAACACCGCCAACUUGAGAACCGAAAUGUUGGAUAGUAGUAGCGAAGCCGCCAUCGAAACGUCCGAUAAGAGUCAGCUGACCGAUCAGCCGAUGCAAGAGAACAAGACUACGGCUAUAUCUAGACGUAUGUUGUACGAAAGUCCAGAAACGGAGAUGCCACCAACUUUGAUGACACCAACGACACCGACCGCCGGCACGGAGAAGCUGGCGACUACGCCGGGAGGUAGGAGCAGAACCGAAAGGGAGCAACGAAGCGGCAAUACAUUGUAUCAGGAAUUAAGUUUCCAGGAUGCUGAUGCUCUAGGCGAGAUGGACGAGGGCGCAGACAUUACUGGAAGCUUGGUACAUCCUGGUGAAUAUGCUUCAUCAGUCAAUGACAACUUCUUUGGUAUGGGGAAGGAAGUGGAAAAUCUUAUUAUGGAGAACAAUGAAUUGCUAGCGACAAAAAACGCACUUAAUGUCGUCAAAGAUGACCUAAUUGUUAAAGUGGACGAAUUGACGAGCGAGCAAGAGAUUUUGCGAGAGGAGGUCCGAGGCUUGCAGCAGGCGCGGGAACGAUUGCGGCAACGAAUCGCCGCUCUCGAGGAAGAACUGAAGAAGGCCAAGGAGGAAGCGGAGGCGGCGGCUAAAGCGACGAAGAGCGAUGACGAGGAGGACGUGCCUCUGUCCCAGAGGAAGCGAUUCACGCGAGUGGAGAUGGCGAGGGUGCUCAUGGAACGGAAUCAGUACAAGGAACGCUUCAUCGAACUUCAAGACGCUGUCAGGUGGACGGAGAUGAUAAGGGCCAGCAAGACUGUCCCUUCUAGCAUCUCGGGUGGGAAGGGAGGUUCCGUAUGGAAGUUUUUUAGUAAUCUCUUCACAGGCCCGGCCGAUCGAGGGACGUUGGUGCGUUCAGCGCAUACGUUACCGCACGUGCGGUACAGCGCACCGGCGAAUCAGGUCGUUCCGGCGCCGCCCUUGGACGCUAUGCGUAGACGUACGUUGAAAAGUCGCCAAGAUUUUCUCGACCAAGGAGACACCAUAUCGUCCGAGAAGCUCGUAGCGAGACGCGCGAGCGAACGAAGGGAGCAGUAUCGUCAGGUGCGUGCUCACGUCAAGAAAGAGGACGGUCGUCUGCAAGCUUACGGAUGGAGCUUACCGGGAAAACCAAGCGCUCCCGUCAGACAACCCCCUGUUCCAGUGCCGGUGUACUGUCGACCUUUGCAGGAAACCGAGCCGGGCAUGAAAAUCUGGUGUGGCGCCGGUGUGAAUCUGAGCGGCGGUAAAACGCGCGAUGGCGGGUGCAUGGUCGGCGGAAGUGUGUUCUACGCUGCCGAGGCCCAAGAAACGAUCGGCAACGCGAAGACGGAGGCCGAGGACGCCGUCGAGCAUCUGGACAAGGAGCUUCAGGAGAGCGAGAAUCGGCGACUCGAGGCGGAACGAUGGGAGCAACAAUUGAGCUCGCUCGUGUGGAUCUGCACUUCGACCCAAAAGAUGUCCAAGGUCACCGUGAUAGACGCGAACAAUCCGGCGGACAUUCUCGAGGUGUUCAAUGUUUGUCAGGGACAUUUGCUCUGCAUCGCGAGCGUGCCCGGUGCCAAGGAGAGCGAUUAUGCGCAAUCCUCGAACGAGAACUCUAUUCGCAAUUCGGUGAACGGCAGCAGUACGACGAACGAUAGCGAGAACAACAACGGUGCUCAAGAGGACGUUACAAAUGCGAAUGAGAACGCCGAGCAGAAUAACGGUCGAAAGAAUCAUCCGGAUAACGAUGUUGCGGUUGAUAAGAAUAAAAACGAAUCUGACAAUCAGUCGGAGGAUCAGGCGAACGAGAAUACUACCGAAAAAACUGCCGAGAUGGAUCAGAACUCCACGACGAACGAGCCCCAGAGUCUGGAGAGUAUAGAUAGCGAAACCGCGAAUCUGGGCAAGGUACACUUUGUACGAUGCAACGUAGAAGCGCAUCCUGCGCGAUUGAACGACAAAGAUAUCGUGAACGAGGAGGAAGCGAAGGAGGAAAUCAUCAAGGAGGAGACACCCAUCGAGAAGAUGUCAUCCAUACAACCGACCAUGUGGCUCGGAGCCCAAAACGGCGCGGUUUUCGUUCAUUCUGCCGUUGCCAAGUGGUCGGUGUGCUUGCAUUCUGUGAAAUUGAAGGACGCGGCAUUAGCUAUCGUACACGUACAAGGCCGAGUUCUGGUCGCUUUAGCGGAUGGAACUGUAGCAAUAUUCCGUCGAGGUGCGGACGGACAAUGGGAUCUGUCUCAGUAUCAUGUGAUUACGCUUGGUAGCCCUCAACACUCUAUCAGAUGCAUGACCGCAGUUAGCGGUAAAACCGUGUGGUGUGGAUACAGAAACAAGAUCCACGUGAUAGAUCCUAUUUCGAUGACACUUGAGUGCACAGUGGACGCACAUCCUCGCAGAGAGUCUCAGGUGCGGCAAUUGGCGUGGCUGGGCGACGGCGUGUGGAUCAGCAUCAGGCUAGAUUCGACGUUAAGACUCUAUCACGCUCAUACGUAUCAACAUCUUCAAGACGUCGACAUAGAGCCAUACGUCAGCAAGAUGCUCGGUACGGGAAAACUGGGAUUUUCCUUUGUACGCAUUACCGCUCUGCUUAUUUCUUCGAAUAGGCUGUGGAUUGGCACCGGCAACGGAGUGAUAAUCUCAGUACCGCUGUCGGAAAGCGCGGGCGGUUCAAUGACGGUGUCCAGAGUUCAGACCGGCGGUAAUAAAGGCGACGCACCCGGCGUCGGAGUCAGGAUCUUCGCGUCGGAACGAGGUGUCACACCGGGAAGCUUCAUACCUUAUUGCAGUAUGGCCCAUGCCCAACUCAGUUUUCACGGACACAGGGACGCCGUCAAAAUGUUCGUCGCUGUACCCGGUCACGGUGGUCAGAGCGCGGUGACGGAUGGGACGCAACCUGCGAUGCUCGUUCUCUCCGGUGGUGAGGGUUAUAUCGAUUUCAGGGUCGGUGAUGGGGAAGAGACGGAAGAAGGCAUGGAUCGGUCGAACGCUACGGUCAACAAUGGAGCUGAGGAGCAUGGCGAGCAGAGUCACCUGAUUGUGUGGCAAGUGCAGUGUCCCUUACCAAUGAACGGCUAGCCUAAAGAGGAAGCGGAUUCGCUGGAGGAUUUAGUUUUGUGUAGUGCAACAUUACACUCGUCGUCAAUGGAUCAUCAAUGGAUCAUAAAUUGCGAAUCAUUGAUAUUUGCUGCGAGCUAAUGUGCUACACCUACAUCUAGAUAUACAUAUAUAUAAAGGUCGUAGCAGAAUAUGUUAAUAAUUCCCAAGAUAAUUAUCACAAUUUUUCAUAUUAGUAGAGCAGAGACAAAUCUUUUUUUUUUCCAAAUCAUCAAACAGUUAUCUUCACAAGAUUCAUAAGUAAAAUCUGCAAAUUGAGAUUUUUGAGUGAAGUCUAUAAAUCGUAUCGAUACAAUCUGGAGUCCCUCGCACAGUUUCGAUGCAAAAUCUCCGAUAUUCUCGCUUAUCUUGUAAUUAAAUCGUAUCCUUAUCAACUUAAAGCUUACAUACGUAUGAUUCGAAUGAGUCUUAGGAUCGAAUUAUUUAAUUAAAUAAUUACGAUACUUGUCGAAAGAUUUUUCUCUCGCGAUGAGUGUUCAUUUCAGAGAUAUCACGUUCUACGUGAUGGAUAGAGAGCGUUAUUUUUCUGCCGAUAAUUGUGAUAAUAUGCGAUGGCGACAUUGCAGGUCGCGACAUAAGGUCUGAAGCUGCCGUGUAUGACAUUGCUCCAUUGCUGUAAUAAAUAUCUGUUCAAAGUACUUCGCGCAUGUACCUGUCGAAGACAGGCAGAAUAUUUCGCCGCUUAUACACGCGAUACAUGAGAAAUAAGGUGCGUGCAAUCUCAGGCAGUCUUUUUAGGUGUAACAUAAUAUUAAUUUCCUCGUCGGAGAGAGUAUAUUAUUUUCCUGACCUAAUCAAUUUUAUUCGCGUACGUCGUGUUGAGCGCAAUAUAACGAUAAUAAUAUAUAUACAUAAUUAUAUAUAAUAAUAAUUAAUAUAUAAUAUAUAUUCCUCUUCUCUCUUGAUCAAGCAUCGUCAAAUCGUGCCCGGUGAAACGUAGAAUUUUUCUGCGAUUUACACGAUUCAUUUAUUAGGAAUGCGACGCAUCAAUGAUGUAAAUAACAAUAAAAUGUUUAUAUAGCGCCCCAUGUGUGUGUGUGCGUGCGUGUUAGAUUCGUUAUUUAAUUUUGAUCGGAGUCAUUUUAUAAGUAUGUAAGACACCCCCCCUGGUCUCUCUAUAUUCUUACAACUUUAUAACUCCAACUCUUUAGUACGCUGCCAAAGAAAUGGGACGACGAUCCAAUUAUGUGUUGUUUAUAUUAUUUACAACGAGAAUUAUGCUUCGAACGCGUAUGCUCUUGUGUUUUUCCGCUCUUGGCCGAGUCGUCAUCGAUAACAACCGGAUUGAUACUGAAUUGUAAAUCGCCACGUCGAAAUGACAUUCCCCCAAUCCUUCGACUAUUUAGAUACGUGCAAUAAGAGAGCUACGCACUAUCGCGCGAGCUGGCUUUUAAUGUCGAGCUCGGAAUUGUACCUGGCUCAGGUGGCGUUGUGUAACGGCAUUAAUAAACGGAAAAGUUACAGAACUAAA